UCAGUAGGUUCUUUUUGACCUACAGAGAAAGCAGAUGGAUUACACCAACCUCACACUUUUUAUCUUUAUAUGGAUUUUUGUUCCAUCCUGAUGAUCAGAAGAGUGUUUGAGGAUUUAAUAGAUCUCUUAAAAACCAACCAGAAAAACAUCACAGCUGAGUCUGGACAGGACGUCACUCUGACAUGUCGAGCUCCAAACAACAACAUCAUGGUUGUAGAGUGGAGCAGAGCUGACCUGGGAGAUGAAUAUGUGCUUCUGUACCGGGAUGAUCACCUUCACUCAGACAACCAGCAUCCAUCUUUUAAGAACCGGGUGGAUCUGCAGGACAGACAGAUGAAGGAUGGAGACGUGUCUUUAAUUCUGAACAAUGUAACGAUUAAUGACACUGGAACAUACAAGUGCCGUGUCUUAAUGGAAGAAACACAAUCAUGGGAGCUCAUCAGCAUCUACCUGAGAGUCGAUCCUCCAGGAAAACAAGGAGGACACACAGAGGAUGGAGGGAAGGAAGAUGGAUCUGUUGCAUUGAUAGUUGGUGUCUGUAUUCCUGCUGUGCUUCUUGUUGGUGCUGUUGUUUUUUUGAUCUACAGAAAACAUAAACAACAGCAGAGUCAGAAUUCAUACCAGCCUCCUGUUGAGCUGCAGCCUGUUUGAAAUGUCUCAGAGUUUUUUCCACAUA